CUGGUAAAAGUGCCUGGGUGACUUACUUGGUCACGGCACCAAGGCUGACAGCGUUCAUGAAGCGUUUGGACAACUCUCUCAGGCACAUGGCAAAAUGUUUUUAACAACAGUAUUACUGCGGAAGAGAAUUCCUGGAAAACAAUGGAUUGGGAAGUACAGGCAGCCAAGACAGGUUACCACUUCAAUGAAGCAAGCAAUGAUCCGAAGGUUGGAAAUUGAAGCAGAGAAUGAAUAUUGGCUCAGCCGACCUUACCUGACACAGGAACAGGAAUACAAACACAACACAGAAGAGAGACGUGCGAAGUGGGAAGCUUUCAAAAGCCUGAAACAAGCCAAGUUCCCUGAGCACAGAUACAUCAGCGAUCAUUUAAACCACUUAAAUGUGUCAAAGAAAUGGACAUGUUGAAUAAUACAGCAUAUUUAUGUUUGGCACAUGUCAUGCACUACCCUAGAAUCUGCUCUCGUACCUGUUACGGUAAUUCACUGUAAUUAGGGUGUGUGACAGAUAAGACUUUGCUGGGGUGUACGAAGUACAACAUUAAAAAGAGUUCUCUGGAA